UUAUAAGAAUAUGUGAAAGUUCUAAAAUUAUUUCCUGUGUUAUAAUUAAAUUAUUUAAUCAUUUAUGUUUUUCUUAUUUUAAAUGAAUGUAUUCAAAGAUAGAAUGACACAUAAAAAACUUUAAAAAUCACUUGUGUUUGCCGAAACAUUUUCCAAGCAAUAUGCAUCUAUCCAAUUUACAAUUUCAAAACGAAAUAUAGUCUCCCAAUUUAAACUAUCAAUUAUAAAUUAAUUAGCAAAACAGUUAAGAAGUUACAAACAUGGCUACGAAACAUAAACAUAUUUUCACUCGGUCCAAACCUCUGAUGAAUAUCUAUAGUGGAUUGGAUAAUCAAGGAAAAGAGGUUGAAGUACGAGAGGAUGCUGAACAACUUGUUAAAUGGCAUGAAAUAUCUGAUGCUCUGGUUGCUGCCGGCUAUUACAGGGCCCAACUACAUGGGCUAUCACCUUUUGAUAAAAUUGUUGGUGGUUUGACAUGGUGUAUAGAGUUGUGUGAUAUAGAUAUUGACAUCAAUCUUCUAUUUGAAGAGAAUUUGACUAUUGGAAAAAAAAUAGCCCUCACUGAGAAGAUAGUCAAAGUAUUGCCAACAAUGAAGUGUCCUUUUGUUAUUGAACCUCAUCAAAUUCAGGGUUUAGAUUUUAUCAAUAUUUUUCCUCUUGUACAAUGGCUUAUAAAGUACUCAAGUGAAUUUAGAGAGGCUAAAGAAGACGAACUUCGUAUGUUUGCAGUUAGGCAAUAUGAAAAAGAUCAUAUAUUUGAAUUGGAUAGAAAACAUUAUAUUCAACAAGAAAAAAUGUUAAAAAAUCUCAUUAUGAUACAGAAUCUCUAUAAACCAUGUAGAGUGCGUAAAAGAAAAGGAGGUCUUCCAGCAAAUGACUUAGAGCAGGUAAAUGCAGUGCUAUCUGAGUAUGAUCAGCGUAUUUUAAUGCAUAUAUCUAAUAACGAAACUGAUUCACAGCCUGAUGAAGGACUUGAAUUACUGUAUGAUUAUGAAAAAACACUUGCUGAUCCAUCAGAUAUUACAACAGAAACAGAUAAAUUCAUAGAACAUGAAAACUCAGAAAAAGAUGUUUCAGAUGUUAAAAUUCAUUAUGCUGUUUUGCAAUCAGAGUUAACUGGUGAUCUUCCUCUGGAAUUAGAAGAAAAUGAAAAAAUUAAAUAUUCUAAUGAUAUUGAACAACUAUCAAAAGUUAUAGACACUAUGGAAAAUGAAGUUGAAAAUGUGAGAAAGGAACAUGAAGAGAGAAUGGAUACAGCUAAAAAACAAUAUACCACGGUACUGAAUAAGUUACAAAGAAUCACUCGGAAGUUAAUAAAAACAGAUGAUUUUACUGAUAAAAAGGCAAAGGAAUUUUACAAGUCCCUUAAAGAAAUAGCAAGAGAAAGAAAUGAACUUUUGAAGGUGAUCCAUCACAGAGAACAGGAACAUAAGAGCCUUCAGGAAGAAUUAAGAAUUGCCCAAGAACCUACUGCUAUAAUAGAAGAAGAACCCCUAACUCCAGUAGAACUGAAAGAGUUCCAAGAAAGAGAAAAGAAGUUAAAAGACUUUAUUAGUAAGACGAAAGCGGAGUUGGGACAUUUGAACCGUCAAGUUUUAAGGUAUUCUGUGGCGAUUGACGAAGUACCUGGAACGGCUGAGUUAUUGCAGUACGAGAAACGUUUCGUAGAAUUGUAUAAUCAAGUUGCAUCAAAACAUAAAGAAACAAAACAACAUUAUAUUUUUUACAACACCCUUUAUGAAGUGAAACUUUAUACAUCGAAGGAGUUGAGUCUACUUAAUUCAAUUUUGGAUAAUUAUGAAGAAGUAAUGUCAUCACCAAGAAAACGUGAAGAAUUUAUGAUUCAAUUCGAAUCAAUAGUAGACUGGGUUAACCAAACCGUCCGUAAAGUCGAACACAAGUAUCAAACAGAGAAAGAACAAAAGGCAGCCCUUCACACCGAAUAUUCAAGGUUGAUGGACGUACAACGACAGUAUGCGGCCGCCUUAAAGAAAUUGGCUUCGGAGCGACAUCGAAUAGGUUCAGAGGAACAGUAAAGUGUUCAAUACGUAAUAUUAUUUCUAUUAAUAAGUAUUGUUUGAUGUAAAAUGUAUAGAAAUAAUGAAACCCCCUUUUGAAAUAUUUAGUAUCGCAUACGGAAUAUAGAAUUAGGUAAAUGAAAGACGUCGGAUAUACCUGGGGGUCUAGUCAAGCAGCCUAACAGUAGUGUAUGUAGGAAGUCGAAAACUAAAUUUCUAUGAAAAUGACAGCAAGUACCAACACAAAGUUUUCUACUUUCUACAUACACUACUGUAAAGCUGUCUUGACUAGAUCCCCUAAGCUGCGGCCAAUAUUUGUACGGAGUUCGAAAUUUUAAAUGCAGAAUUCCAUUAUUAUUUAGUAUACGUCAAUAUGACAUUGACAUACGACAAUUUGUAACACUAAGGUCUGUUUCACAAUGUAUAGAUAAAGUACCAAAUAGCUAUACAAAACAUAAAUUAUUCGUAAGUCAAAUGUUCCGAAUAAGAAACUACUUAUCUAAAAAAGCUUAUUUUCAUCCACUUACGAGUAGUGUUUGAGAUGUUUUCAGAGUUUAAAGCUUUCUAUUCAAAAAAGUAUUGUUACUAAUCUAUUAACUAUUCGAUUUUUCGUUCGUUAGUUUAGGAAUAGUUCAACGUCUCAAACUUGGGGUCAUUCACCUCUCAAAUAAGGUGAGCUGCUAAUUUUCUGUUUGCAAGCAUCUUUUGAAUAGGCAUUUAUGUAUACGAUGCAUUUUUAUUCCGUAGCUCAAGGUAAAAUGGCCUUCACCGCUGAGAUCUUAUGAAAAUAUAAACAAAAUAAUACAUUAUUGAAUUGGUUUUUUUUGUAAAUUUUAAUAUUCAUGAUUAAUGUAAAAAAAUAAUUUUAUAGAAAAUUGUCGCUUUUUUUAAGUUGUCAAACUCGUUGACGAGUUCUAAUUUGGUAAAGUGUAUUUACAUUGUUGGUUAUAAAAAGUCAUAUUAUUAAUUACUAUUGCUAAAUUUGUUUAUUGAAUGUUAUAAAUAAUUGAGGUCCGAUCACGGUUACUUAAAAUAUUAAAUCAAAAACAAUGUUUUCAUAGUAUCCGUUACAGUCAAGUUCCGGUCGAAUAAAUAAUUUUCAUGAAAAAAAAUAUUACACCAAAACGGGCACGAAUCGUGAUUGAUAUUAUUGAUUUACCUAACACCUCAUGUUAUCCUUAAAUAUGCUAUGCAGUGUGAUUUACUUAUUUAAUAUUAUGUUUCUGUUUUGUUAUUCUAUUUUUAAGUCUAUAUUGUAAAUGGAAAGACAAAAUUAGAAAAUUGUUUAUAUCUUUUAAAUGAGUCUUUGUAAGUCAGGCAAAUAAAGGAAGCUGAGUUUGUCUAUCCUACUUGAGAUUUUUUUGUAACGGUCUACCAUGUUUAUUAUGGAACAUAAGAUAGACAGGUAUCACUUAUUCCACGGCAUUAAAUUUGAAUUUGUAGGCAUCCCUACUCAUCGGCAAAGAAGACAAAGGGCGUAGGCCGAUAGAAAAUGCAGGCGAAAAAACUCUCAGUACUCUUUUAAAAAAAAGCAAAUCAUCAAAUAACGCAUAUUUAAAAACAAAUAUAGCAAAUUAAUUAGAAGUAGCCUGCCCAUCACCAGUCCCAGGCCCUUUUAUCAACUAGAUAAUCGCUAACUUUGUAGUUUAUUAAUAUCAUUUUUAAUCACUAAUUUGGUAAUAUCAGACAUUAAUUAUCUGAUUCAUCACGUCACGCUGUUCUUCCUGUUUAUGUUUUAUUUGUACCUAUAUUUUCUAGUCUUAACCAACGAUUCAUAUUUUCUUAGCAAUAAGUAACAUACCAUCAGUUUAAAUAACAUCAAGACUGCUAGAUGUAUUGUAUUGCGUUUCUACAUAUUUGUAAAAUGAAAUAAAACCAAUUUUCUAUU